AUGGAGCUUCAACAUUUCAGUCAUGAGCAUCCAUUGAUCCUCAAAGAAGUGCAAAUGGAGGGUGAAGUGACCGAUGGUUCCUUAGAACUAUUUAGACAUUUUGCUAAACACAUCAAUCUUGAAGAUAUUGAGAAAGAGCCAGAGCUCAUCAAUUGGAGCCAUGAGCAUACACUAAUCCUUUUUGAUGUGCAAACGGACGAUGAUAUCAAGGAUGAAAUUAUAUUAUGUGAUGGUUGCGUCCAACCUAUAUCAUUUCCGUUUUACCGUUGUGGUGAAUGCAACUAUUUUCUCCAUUUAAGUUGCGUCAACUUAUCACCAGAAUUGCAGCACCCAAUUCACCAUGAACACCCAAUGAAACUUUGUAGGUAUACAGAAUUCUACAAGACCUUCUGGUGCUAUGCUUGCCGCGUAUACACCAAUGGAUUCUUCUACACAUGUGAAACAUGUGAAUUCUUCCUUGAUGUCAAAUGUGCUUUCCUACCUACUUCGAUUGCACAUCAAGCUCACAAGCAUCCAUUGGUUCAAGUGAAAGGUUCAAAACAUCUCUGCAAGGCAUGUGAUAAUACCUUCUCUACAAACGGCUAUGGAUGUGAAGCAUGCAAGUUCAAUCUUGCGCAUAGCUGUGCCCUAUUUCCCAAUACCAUUACGCAUAGAUGGGACAAACAUCCCCUCAUACUAUCCUAUCCUCCAUUCAGUGAACAUCCUGAUGAGUUCCAUUGUGAAAUGUGUGAGAACGAAAUAAACCCCAACUAUUGGAUCUAUCAUUGUAAUAAUUGUGAUCAAUCAUUUCAUCCAAACUGCAUUAUAGACAAAUAUUCAAACGUCAAGUAUGGGGGCACCCUUAAAAUUAACCGUCACCCACACACUCUAAAAUUUGUACGGAAGGCAAGAAAAAGAAGUGGUGAAAGUGAGAAUGAAGUUGAUCAAUUAACCGACCCUAAUCUACUACCCUUACCAGUGACCAAUGAUUCCUUAGAUAUGGAAGUGGUUUCUACUUCUCUACAAGCGCAUCUGAAUGUGAUGAUUGCAAGUUCAAAAUAUCUCACACCAAUACUCUACUCCCACGUACCAUCAGGCGCGUAUGGGACAGACAUCCCCUCAACCUGUGCUAUCCCCAUUUAG